AUGGCUGACACUACCGAGACCAAGCCCGACCCCACCACCACCUCUACAGAGGCCCCUGCUCCUGCUGUCGAAAAGACCGAAGGAGAGGAAAAGUCGAUCACUGAGAAGGCCACCGAUGCUGCUCUCGGUGCUGCCACCAAGGCUACUGAUAACGUUUUCUCCAUGUUCGGUGGCGGUCCCAAGAAGGAGAAGAAGGAAGAGGCUGAUGACGCCGAUGAGCCAUCUGGGUCAUCCAAGGCCAAGGCUGGUGAGGAGGGAGAAGAGGAGGUUGAUUCCCCUGAAGUUCACUUCGAGCCCGUCAUUCACCUCACCGAGAAGGUCGAGACCAAGACCAACGAAGAGUUGGAGGAACAAACCUUUAAGAUGCGUGCAAAGCUUUUCAAGUUCGACCGCGAAUCUCGUGAGUGGAAGGAGCGUGGUACUGGCGAUGUCCGACUUUUGAAGCACAAGGAGAACCAGAAGACUCGCUUGGUUAUGCGUAGAGAUAAGACCUUGAAGGUUUGCGCGAACCACUACAUUGUCCCUGAUAUGAAGCUGUCCCCCAAUGUUGGCAGUGACCGUAGCUGGGUGUGGAACGCCGCUGCAGAUGUCAGCGAGGGUGAGCCCGAGGCUCAGACUUUGGCUAUUCGUUUCGCCAACAGCGAGAAUGCCAACCUCUUUAAGGACGCUUUUAUCAAGGCUCAGCAAGAGAACGAGAAGCUAUUCUCUGCCGAAGCUUAA